ACAGGUUUCAGUGUAAGUCUGUCAUUUGAAGUUGAAUGAUGUGCAUUCAGCUCUCGACAUUGAAAUCAAUUCAUUUCCAAUGUGUGACGACAACGUUUAACGAAAAAGUGAAAUAAAAUCGACUCGAAACGAAAAAAAAAACUAAUACUAAACGACAUUUUGCCGAGCGGCAUUUGAAUUCAAUUCUAAACAAUUUGGUGUGAGUGAUUUUUUAAAUCGAAUAAAUAUACGGUGAAAAUAAAAGAACAGUGAUUGGAACAGGUGUAUAUGAACAAUCAAAAUGGGCAAAACGACUGAACAACGAAAGCAAUUGGAAGCGAUUUUUGUGCCGAACAAACGAACAAAUACCAUUGAGUUUGCUGGCGUUGUAGAAAAAGAUUCCGAAUGCGAUAUCCAUGGAAAUCGCCCGAAGAAACGUGACUCCAUCUCAUUUCCAAUUGGCGUAUCGAAACGUGAAUCAAGCGAUAGCAUUUUAUGGAAACGUGAUUCAGUCGAUCGAAAUGGUAAUGGUGACAAUGCACACAAUGUAGUGCAACGCAGACGCUCUUCGGCCGAUAAAUCCGAAUCAGAUGCACACAGAAAACGUUAUUCAUGGAAUCCGAGUAUGUUCAGAGGUUUGGAACAUCCAUCUGGUUUUCCAUCGAUGUUGCGUGGAUCGACGCCCGAACCACGUCCAUUGUCGCGAAAAGAAAGCUAUGGAUCAACACAUCAAUUGCGACGAGACAGCAAUGGAGCGUCAACGCCAAGUACAUACACGCGUAAAGAUAGUUCCGGUUCGACAGCCCUGAAUCGUCGCGACAGCUUUGGAACAAACUAUUCAUCACGAAAAGACAGUAAUGGCAGUGUUUUAUUGCGAAAAGAUAGCAAUGGCAGUGUUUUAUUACGAAAAGACAGUUCUGAUUUUAAAUCAAAUAAACGCGAUAGUCUUAAUGAUGAUUUUCGUCGUUUGAGUUUUGGCAAUAGCAUUUAUUUGCGUCCAGAUAGCACAGGUGGAACAAAUCUUGUUCGUCGUGAUAGUUUGGGUCGCAAAGAUUCAAUCAAAUCACAGCGCAUUCCACGCGAUUAUGUGAGCAAAAUUAUCGAAUACAAAACAAAAACGACCAUUAAUGGCAAUGGCACCACAUCACCCGAAUGUUCAAUUCUACGAAAAACCGAUAAUGAUGCACACACAAACAACAAGGAAAACUUGAAUAGCGAUUUAACCACCGCAAAUUUAUCGAAGCAUGUUACAAUUUGGGAGAAAGAUGGCGACGAACAGUCGAAUGUGGCGAAUAUUGUGCAUGGUCGUGAUUCGAGCGGAUCAUUGGGCAAUUAUUUAGCAAAUCGUCGCAUUUCGGUCGAUUCACUUGAUAUACGUCGCAAUUCACGUCGUGGCUCUGCUGCAUCGGGCGAUAUCAAUUUAAGAUCUAUCAAUGACGAACCAGAAGAGAUUCAUCAUCAAAACGAUCCGAGUCGACCACGCUUUGUAGCAGUCACAACAUUGGAAGAUGUUCAAGCCGUUCGUUGUGCCGAGUUCCAUCCAAAUGGACGUGUCUAUUCAGUUGGUUCGAAUUCAAAAACAUUCCGGAUAUGUGAAUAUCCAUCACUAUCAGAAAUCAGUAUGCUGGAUUCACUAAGAGAAGAGCAUACAACGUAUCAGCCAACCGUGUUGUUUAAGCGAACAAAACAUCAUAAGGGCUCAAUUUAUUGUAUGGCCUGGUCACCACAGGGUGAUUUAGUUGCGACCGGAUCCAAUGACAAGACCGUAAAAUUGAUGCGCUACAAUGAAGUACAAAAGCAAUUGGAAGGCAAAGAGAUCGAAUUGACAAUGCAUGAUGGUACCGUUCGUGACCUCUGUUUCCUCGAAGACAGCACAAAUAAAACCAGUUUAUUGAUCAGUGGCGGUGCCGGUGAUUGUAAAAUCUAUGUUACUGAUUGUGCUACAUCAACACCAUUCCAAGCGCUCAGCGGCCACGGUGGACACAUACUAACCUUGUAUAAUUGGGGCGGUGCUAUGUUUGUGUCUGGCUCACAGGAUAAAACCGUACGAUUCUGGGAUUUAAGAACUCGUGGCUGUGUGAACACAGUCACUCCGGCCACAGUACCUGGAUCACGACAGGGAUCUCCGGUAACAAGUGUCUGUGUGGAUCCAUCUGGACGAUUGUUGGUGUCUGGUCAUGAAGACAGUUCAUGUGUCUUAUAUGAUAUUCGUGGAAAUCGUCCCAUUCAAUGUUUCAAACCACAUUCGUCUGAUAUCAGAUCAAUACGAUUUUCACCAUCGGCAUAUUAUUUGCUAACCGGUGGUUAUGACAAUAAAUUGGUGUUGACUGAUUUACAAGGCGACCUUACGAUGCCAUUACCAUCAGUGGUUGUGGCUCAGCACACAGACAAAGUGAUAUCAGGACGUUGGCAUCCAACUGAUUUCUCAUUUUUAUCCACGUCAGCUGAUAAAACGGCAACACUUUGGGCCCUGCCACCAAUCUAAUGCGAUUCUGUAUUCGCACAUUCGCUUUUUUUUUGUUUUGUUUCUUUUAUUAUUAUUUUGUUUUCUUCUUCGUUUUUUUUUCUAUCGCAUUAAUCUAUAUUUUAAUUUUUACCGAAAGAAACUAAUCAAGCUUAAAAGAGUGAGUUAGAGAGAGAGAGAGUUCUUUUUUUUCCCAUUUUUUGCCUUGUUCACAAAAUCAAAUACAACAAAUGAAAUUGUAACGAACAACAUAAGUAUGAAAUUAUUUAACUGUAGGUUAGGCGUGUAGGCAAUGUAGGAAAAGUUAGUUGGACAAUUUUUCAUUUGCAAAUGAAUUCGUUAUUUAUAUGUAUCAAACAAAACAAAACAAAAACAUGAACAAAUUUUAAAAUGUACUCCGCUGAUACAGUGUCAUGUUUCAUAUGAUUUUUUUUUCUCUCUUGUGUUAUUGUUUCAAAAUGUCGUUGCAUUAACAUAUUGUCAGUGUUUUGAAAAAUUGUCUUUAUUCCUCUAUUAAGUUUUUUUUUGUCUGUAGUUAUUUUAAAGAUACUAACUUUUUUGACUAAUUUAUUGAAGCUUAAACACCUGAAAUUUGCAUGUAAAUAAAAGCUAAAUCGAUGAUAAAUCACACAAAUGCUUAUCAAACUGAUUUAUAUAACAAAGCGAACACAAUUAAUUCUUCUUCUUUUUUUUAAAUUCAAAAAACGCAAAUGAACAAACAAAUGCUGGAAAUCCAAAAAAAGGAAAAAUAAAUGGAAAUAAUUUUGUUUUUCAAAUAAUGUGUGGUCCCAACAACAAUGACUUUCUAAGGAUAUUACAAAUUGUUUUGUUCUAUUCUCUUACAAAAUUCCAUAAAUAUAAUAUAACUAGAUAAGAAAUUUCUAUAAGAUGAAAUGUGAAAGAAUAAUAUAAUAUUUUAUGUAUCGAACUGCGGAAAAUUUAAGAAGAAGAAAAAAAAAUGUGAGAAAAAUGUUUGACCAACCAUUAAAAUCACAGCAAUUCAAUCAAAAUCAUCAAUAUUUAAAUUAUUAAGACAAUUAAAUCCAAUGUAGUAGAUUGAAUGAGGGGGUGCAUGAUAAGUAAUUAUGCAUGGAUUGAUGGUUGGUACAGACGAACACAAGAAAAACAAAUGUUCCAAACCAAAUUUGGGGCACACAUUGUAAUGAAUCGCUAAAAAUGAAAGUGGUGAAAUCAAAUAUCAGUAAAUUAUUUUGAUAUUUUGUGAAGAAAUUGCAGUUAAAUUCAAACAUUUUGUAUUUACUCUUUUUGCAAUAUUUUCUUCACUAAUUUCAUUUAUCGAUUCAAUAAAUAUAAAACGAAAAUAUGAAAAAAAAGUUAAAAAAAUUCGUUUGAGAUUAAACAAAAAAAAAUGAAAACCCAACAAUUCCUUAAUUCAACCCAUGUUAUUUUUAAAUUGCCUUUUGCCAGAUGGUACCGAAAAUUGUUUCGAUUUCCUAAUUUGUUUAGUUGCUUUGAUUCGAUUUACUAUUUUGAAAAUUGAUGGCAGAAAAUUUCGCGCGUUAAUUUGUCCGAAGCAACAUCCUUAGUUUUGUAAAACGAAAAAAAAAAGAACAACAUUAAUGAUAUUAACAUUUUAUUGAACAUACAAAAUUCACAGACAAAAGUAAAUUAACGUUUAUUUAAUAAAAGUAUACCACAAAAUUAG